CAAUCCCGGUGGGGACACAGUCUAGACUAGGGUAUAUAAAAUUCUCUUACACCGUGCUUCAGACUCGCGCAGAAUGGUCACGAUCCCCGAGGAAGUUCGUCCGCAACAUGAUGUCCGAGAAUUUCUUACACUGCAGUGCAGAAUUUCGUUCAGAAUCAGAAUUGUUCACAACAAAUCAUGGUUGCCAAUAGAAGCCAUGCGAACCAGGCCCAUCAGGCAUGACUGUCAUAAUUGCGUUUUGCAACUUAACUGUUUUAGAACUUAGGGCAAAACCUUCAGAAAUCAUUGUAUUGAAUGAUUGAAGAUACUUUGUACCAAAGGUCUUGGACGGAGCUGGAAACAAAGGCAUUUGAAAAUAAUUUGCUUCUUGUUUCGAGUCAACGUCAUUUUGUGAAUGACUUUAAGAUACUUUUUAGAUUUAAGUGAAAAUGCUAUGAAUUAUUGAAGACGCAGCCAUUUCAAAUGUAUAGACUUGUUUAUAUUCCCAUAUACUGUGUUAUCACUUUUCGUUGCAUUGUCAUUUAAUGUCAGUAAGCAUGUAAUUCACUGAAAUGGCAGAGAGAGGGGCUCAUUUAACACAAACUGCUGUUCCCAAACCAUCAAUUUUUGAGGUAGUUGCCCAACAAAGUCUGUCUAAUACAAUACAGCCAGCAUUGCAAAAAAUAAUAGAGUUUUUAGGGUCUUUGAAUCCAGAAAGAUAUGGCUGGCUAGAAAAAUGGUUUGAUGAGCUGUAUUUGAGCUUAAAUUUUCUCCUGCAGAACCAUUAUUUAUCACACCAUGAUGGUUCUUUUUCUGAAAUAUUUUAUGGUCUUUGCCGAGUAUCUGUGCACUUUGGCAAAGAAGGUGAAUUGAAAAGAAGGGGACAAUUGCUAUCAUUGCUUCAGUUGGUAUUUUUACCAUAUGUUUGGCAGAAAAUUGAAAAAAUUGUACAGAAGUUGCAAGAUGAUUAUGCUUAUGGAACAUCCUCUCGUAGAACAAGAAAACAGUUGAUGAGCUAUUUUAUAUUGAAGUCAUACAAAUUUGGCAGUAUGGCCUGGGAAUUUUCAAUUUUAUAUUAUUAUCUAGCUUAUUUAGCUGGCAAAUCUAAGUCACAUUCCCCACUCUUUAGUCUCUUUGGUUUGGCUUUGCAAUAUGCAGAGGCAGAAGAUGAGAUGACAACUACUUGGGAAGCAGUUUCUAACAAAAAUAGAUGGUUUUCACCAAAGAAUCUUGGCCAGGGCUUUCUUCGCUUUCUUGAAGUGGGUGCCUUUGGUCUCCAGUUUCUUCAGUGGUGGCAGGCUGAACAACACACUACAAACAUGACAGAUCUCCCAGUGCCUCCCCCUCCAACCCAGGAUAAGGAGGAGCUACACUUGAAAAGAUUGUGCCCCAUUUGUCGCAAAUCUUGGAGGAUAGAAACACUAUUGCCAGUAUCUGGUUUUGUGUUUUGUUUUCGUUGUAUUAUGCAAUAUGUUCAGGAACACAGGGCUUGUCCAGUGACAGGAUACCCAGCCUCCACUAAAGACUUAGUGAGAUUGUAUAAGUGAAAAUCCAUGGAGAAACUUCCGGUGGACUAUAAUAGGACACCAAUGUGCCUUUUACUUUCAUUAGAAUUAAUGCAAUGGAUUUCUGGUUCAUAUUAUAAUUGUCUUGCAACUUUUUAUUGUGAGAAAAAUGAACGAAUGUAUGCAUUUUUAAAUACAGUUAGUGGUAAGUUAUUGACUAAGAAUUGUGAUAU